UCAGCUUUUGACAGAUUCUUGAUCAUUCUCUCUCCCUCUCUAGGGUUUGUUGCUGUUGUUAAUAAGUCAAUGAGUUCUAAAUUCUCACAACUGGUGGACUCAGCUCAAGAGUUCCUCCCUCUCCUCCCUUGGGGGGUGGAGUUUGAAAAGGACAAGUUCCUACGUCCAGACUUUACUUCACUUGAUGUUGUGUCGUUUGCCUCCAGUGGAAUACCAGCUUGUAUCAAUAUACCUAACUAUGAUGAGAUAAGACAGAAUGAAGGAUUUAAGAAUGUGUCUUUGGGUAAUGUAUUGUCAGCUGCCUCACAGGAUAAGAGGGUUACAUUCCUUACAACAGAGGAUCAGGGUGUUUUUACUGAUUUGAGAGGUAAAGCAUUUGAAGUGCAGGUUGGAUUGCAUGAACUAUUAGGACACGGAUCAGGGAAACUGUUCAGUAAGGAUAAGAAUGGAGUCUUUAACUUUGAACAAGAUAAAGUUAUUAAUCCUUUGACUGGAGAUAAGAUAAGGAGUUGGUAUAAUCCAGGAGAGACAUGGGAUACACAGUUUAGUACAAUAGCAUCAACUUAUGAAGAAUGUAGAGCAGAAUGUGUUAGUAUAUACCUCUCCACUGACAGGAAUAUAUUACGUAUAUUUGGUUAUGAAGGAGCUGAAGCUGAAGACAUAAUGUAUGUGAAUUGGUUGAGCAUGUUAAGGGCAGGACUUAUAGCAUUAGAGUUUUAUACACCUGAAACAAAGAAAUGGAGACAAGCUCACAUGCAGGCUCGUUAUGUUAUAUUGCGUGUAUUGAUGGAUUCUGAUACUCCUGUAUUUAAUAUUGAGAGUGUUACUGGCUCUGAUGGUAAGCCUGACCUCUUGAUCAGGUUUGAUAGGAAUAAACUGGAGACCAUUGCUAAACCUAUGGUUCUGUUGUUCUUAAUGAGUUUGAUAGUUCAUUUGAGGGAAUCAUUUCCUCAUUUCUAG